GGAGACAUGUCAGGUUGGCGCAGAUUGUUGUAAAUAACAAGCCGGAAUGUGGUCUUAAGUGUACCGGGGUCGCAUAGGAGGCAAGCCUAACCGCCCUGCGCUCGCCUCAGCCAUACGUAGCGGUUUGCCGCGCCUGUCGUUCACAGAGCUGUCCUAACGGGAAUAACAACGCCACCUAGCUGUCUGAACCUGCUCCUUCAUCACUGCAGCUCUGUUGGAUAGGUCGAUCUUCACCAGGACCCCACCCCCAACCCCACCCUUGUCCCCAGCCCACCUUUAAUCAGCCCCAGACUCACCCGCACACACCUUCGGACGCACUGUCAGCUACUCCUCCCGCACACACUCCGACAGCUGUCCUGUCCAGACACACUGUGCCAAGUGUCCAGGCACCUACGUAAGCCUCUGAACCCCGACAUACACAGAAGUAUUUUCUGACGACUCCUGACAAACCCCCCCACCCCCUACACCCCCUCACCCCAUCUCUGUAGAGACCAUGUACUGCCUCCAGUGGCUGCUGCCGGUCCUACUUAUCCCUAAGCCGCUGAAUCCAGCACUGUGGUUCAACCACUCCAUGUUCAUGGGCUUUUACCUGCUCAGCUUCCUGCUGGAGAGGAAGCCCUGCACCAUCUGUGCCUUGGUCUUCCUUGCCGCCCUCUUCCUCAUCUGCUACAGCUGUUGGGGCAACUGUUUCCUGUACCACUGCCAGGAUGCCGUACUGCCCGACACAGCGCACGACCCCGCCAUUGUGGGCACCUAGAUGGGGGGGGGAGAGAUGUAGAGAGAGAGCGGUGGUGUACGGGUAGGGUGUGGAGUUGGAGGAGGACACUGCUGUGCUGUAAGAGGAAGUGGACUAAACAUGGGUGGGUGGAUAAUACAUGCUGAGGUGGGGUGGGGGGGUAAUCUGGAGACAUCUUCAAAGUGAAAAGGGAGUCAUGGAGGACUUUGGGAGCAGUAUUUUUAACUUGCUGUAUAGAGGGGAGGAGAGGAGAAGAGGCAUCAUGGGUAACCUUCUCCCUCAACCUCCAGUGGGGAUUGUAGGGAGGGAGUCUGACCUGCUGGUGGAGGGGGAGAGGGAGGUCUCCCUGUAACUUCUUUAGGACGGACUGAGAGGAGGGGAAGGGUGAAAGUGGAGCACAGAAGAAGGCCCUCCCCUGGCGAUGUCGCUGCUUUCUCCCAGGGGGAGGUUGGAGCCUCAAAGGUUAAAGGAGUAUAGCGCCUCACUCAGAAUUGUCAUGGAAACUCUUCAGAAACAGAAUAACCAACAAACCCUUCAUCUGGUCUUCUCUCCGCCGCUGACUCCCCCACAGUGGCUCUGACCCGGAGUCUCAUCUGAAGGAGAGCAUCCCCCUAGAAAAUCUGCUCUUAUUUUAAGAUUUUUGUUUUCUUUUUAUAUAAAUGCCCACUCACCCACCCACCCACUCACCCACCUCAACGUCCCAGCAAACCUACCCAGCCACACAGUCCGGGUAUUACAGCUUUCACUGGCGGCCAUUUUACCCUGCUCCGUGAAGCUUGUCGAGUCAUGUUAUCCCUUUUUUAUUUUAGCGUUAGGCACUUCAAGCUCCCUCCCCUUCACAGUGUCUCUGAACAGACUGGACGCUCCGUCUCGUGGACCGGACAAUCAGUAAUAUGCUGUGAACGAGUCCCCCGUCUCCCCGCAUCUUCCACCCGCACACAACGUUUUUAAUGCUGAGAAAACCUGCUGUCAAUCUCCCGCCCUUCCUCAUUCUCAUCUCCUCCCUCCUCCUCCUCCUCCUCCUCCUCCUCCUGCUGCUGCUGCUCUGGUUUGGUCCUGACUGUCAUCUGACAUGGUUUUUGUUUUUGUUGUGUUCUUUUUCUGUGCAUGGGAGUCCUUUAAAAUGUUUUUCUUUGUACGUGUCAUGUUCACACAGCUUUUGUUUUAAAUAAUUCAAACAAGAUGCUGAAAGUUCCCAAAGGGUAGAAUAAUCUGCGUGGGAAGGGUCGUGUGCAUGUGUGUAGGGUGAAUGGCUGAGGGGUUGUGUACGUGCAGGAGGUGUCGGGAUAGGUGUUUUUCGUUUCUGCUGCGCGACAACAUGCUGCUCAGUGUAAAGCGUGGUGAUACACACGGCCGUGUAGUCGUGUUGCGAUCCCAGGGAGAAGCGGACCCGGGCUCGCAAAUGCGUAGAAACGGUUCCCUCCCGAUUGGCCGGGCGGUGCUGACCAGCAGCAGCGCCUAAAAUGUUCGACCCGUGUGUCAGAGACGUAGACAGGAAGCGUUCCCGGUGUUGACCAGGAGGGAGAGGGAAGUACACAGGGUUACAUUUUUGUUGCCCACAAUGCCGAGGCUCCUGAGUACUCCCCCCCUGUGUAUCGCCACGCUAAGUGUUGCGUUUAGCUAUCACGGGCUGAGCUGUUACCGCUGUAUGCCGUGUGUAGGUGUGUGUGUGUGUGUGUGUGUGUGGGGCCUCCUGUCGCAGUGCUGAAAUUGACCUACUGCUUUGAUUGCUUUGAUCUUAAUUUAAAUAAAGUUUCUUCCUGUUAUUGUUGAA